UCCAGGCAGUGGAAGGAGAGGGUUUAGCCCUCCACUAGCAGCACCUAGAUCCCACAAGGCACCUAGAACCUUAAGCAGAGCCCAGAAUGAAAAUGCAGCCAGGGCAGGCGGUGAUCAUGGAGGGGGAGCUGGAAAAGCGCAGUGACAAUUUGCUUCAGUUCUGGAGAAAGAAGUUGUGUGUCCUGACCAAAGAAAGUCUCAGUCUGUUCCCGGACGCACAGAAAAAGUCCAAGUGCAAAGAGCUCAAGUUCCAGAGCAUCAAGAAAGUGGACUGCGUGGAGCGGACCGGCAAGUACAUCUACUUCACCAUCGUCACCACCGACAACAAAGAGAUCGAUUUCCGCUGCCUGGACCAGAGCGCUUGGAACGCAGCGAUCACUUUGGCGCUGAUAGAGUUUCAGAACAAGGCGGCCGUGCAGAGCUUCAGGUCCCAGCAGGGCACUAACACCAGGGUGGCACCGUGUGUGUGAGGCAGGUUGAACUACUUUGCUAUGGACCAAAUGAGAAAAGGCUCUGGGUAGCAGUAUGGCAGCACACGCAGUUUCUGCUCAAGGAAAACAGGAGGAGUAAGUGAAGCAUUUGCACUUGGUUGGCCGGAAUGUGCUCUUAUGGCUGCAGACUGGAACAACAGGCCAAACAUUGGCCAAACCUGCUAUCGGACUAUUUCAUUUAUUUAUUAGUGGGAAGCAUUCCGCAAUUGAGACUGGAUUUGUCCAGAUAAUUUAUUAUAUGAAGCCUUAUUGAUGCAUCUGUAUUUAUUCCUAUGGCUUUCUCCUUUCAGAUAUAUAUAUUUUUAUGCUAUAUUAAAUAAUUAUAAAUACGUGUUAUAUUAAUUAAUUUAUUAAAGUGAUAUUUUUAUAAACUUUU